AUGGCGUCGUCCGGGGAAGCAGUGCGGACCGUCACAGAGGUCAUCACCAAAGCUGCUGCCUCUGCCACUCCCACGACUUCAGGUAACAUAGUCCCUCCACAGGGCGGCGUCCUUGAGGGUGUCAAUCCCGUGCAUUACGAUCCCAAGAAUCCACUCAUCCUCUUCAUCGUUCAGGCCGGCAUCAUCAUCAUCUUCUGCCGCCUCCUCCAAUGGCCCCUAAACAAGAUCCGUCAGCCUCGCGUCAUCGCCGAAGUCAUUGGCGGCAUCCUCCUCGGUCCCUCCGUCAUGGGUCGCAUCCCCGGCUUCCAGCAAGCAAUCUUUCCCGCCGUCGGCAUGGACAACCUCAAUCUCGUCGCCAACAUUGGCCUCACCCUCUUCCUGUUCAUCGUCGGCCUCGAGGUCGACUUGCGCAUUGCCUUGCACAACUGGAAGGUCGCGCUGAAUGUGGGCAUCUUGGGUAUGGCGCUCCCCUUUGGCAUGGGUAUCGCCAUUGCUGUGGGCCUGUACAACGAGUUCAAGGAUGAGCCGGGGACCAAGCCGAUCAGUUUUGGCAUCUACAUGCUCUUCAUUGGUGUUGCCAUGGCCAUUACCGCAUUCCCCGUGCUGUGCCGCAUUCUCACCGAGUUGAAGCUGCUCGAUACGCCCGUUGGCAUGAUUGUGCUUUCAGCAGGCGUCGGCAACGAUGUCGUCGGAUGGAUCUUACUCGCCCUCUGUGUUGCCCUCGUCAAUGCGGGAUCCGGCCUGACAGCUUUGUGGGUCCUAUUGACCUGCGUAGGCUUCACUUUCUUUCUCAUCUACGCCGUGCGCCCAGUCUUCGUCUGGUGCCUCCGGCGAACGCGUGCCAUCCAGGACGGCCCCAGUCAGGGAAUCAUCGCAUUUACCCUUCUUCUCUGUCUCGCCUGUGCCUUCUUCACCGGCAUCAUCGGCGUCCACGCCAUCUUCGGCGCCUUCAUGGCCGGCAUGAUCUGCCCCAAGGAGAAUGGCUUCAACAUCAAGGUCGCCGAGAAGAUUGAAGAUCUGGUCGGCGCCUUGUUCCUGCCUCUGUAUUUCACCCUUUCGGGUCUCAAUACCAACAUUGGUCUUUUGGAUAGCGGCAUCGUUUGGGCCUAUGUCAUUGGCGUGUGCGCCGUCGCGUUUUGCGCAAAGUUCAUUGGGGCCGCCGCUGCGGCGAGGUUUACUGGUAUGCUUUGGAGGGAAUGCUUCGCUAUUGGGUCGUUGAUGAGUUGCAAGGGCUUGGUGGAGUUGAUUGUGUUGAACAUCGGUCUCCAGGCUAAGAUUCUGAGUACGCGGACGUUUACCAUCUUUGUCGUCAUGGCGCUCGUGACGACGUUUGCUACGUCGCCUCUUACCAUCUACUUCUACCCUCUCUGGUACCAGAAGAAGGUGGAAGCGUUCCGACGGGGCGAGAUUGACUGGAACGGCAAGCCCCUCGAUGGCUCCGACAGCGUGUCCGACACGGCCCAGUAUGAGAAGCUCGAGGCCGACAAGGUGAAGCGCUUCACCGUCUACCUCCGCCUAGACAGCAUGCCCAACCUCCUCGCCUUUGCGUCGCUCUUCGGCGGCGCAGCCCAAAAGCAAAUCGCAAAGACCCAUCCUGCUCUCCAACUGGAAAGCACCGUCGACCAGGGGACCGCAGAAGACGCCCCGGACUCCCACAAACGGCCCGUCGAGGCCCACGGCCUCCGCCUGCUCAAUCUCACGGAUCGUGGCUCCUCCGUCAUGCAAGUUUAUGAAACCGAAUCCUACACCGCGCACGACCCCAUCGUCAACACCUUCCGCACCUUUGGCCGUCUGCACAAUCUCGCAGUCAGCGGCGAGGCGCUCGUCGUCCCCGAGUCGUCCUUCGCUGACACCCUAACCACCCGCGCCUCGGACUCGGAUCUGCUCCUCCUCCCCUGGAGCGAAACGGGCGGAAUGUCCGAGCAGGCCAUUAUCGAAGACAAGGGCACCAAGAAUAAGCUAGCUGCAUCUUCGUACCUCGCCUUCGUCAACGGGACGCUCGAUCGAGCCACCGUCACCACGGCCGUCCUCAUCAACAAGAAUUUCGGCGGGCCAAAGAACAAGCAGGCGCAGAAGAAGGAGCGGGGAAGGCUGAUCAGGACGUACAGCAACGUCUCUCUGACGAGCCAUGCUGACGCCCCCGUCACGGCGCCCCUCACGGAUAAGAGUCACCAUGUCUUCUUUGCUUUCUUUGGCGGCGAGGACGAUCGGGCGGCGCUGAGGCUGGUGCUGCAGUUGGCGGAGAGUCCCGAGGUGACGGCAACGCUUGUGCAUUUUGAUGUCCCCGAUGCAUUCUUCGCGAACAACAUUGCGUCAACUUUGUCUCCCGCUCCCGCUUCCGAAGCCGCGGGCUCGUCGGCACCGGCGAAGGCUACGGAUGCGGCGGGAACGGCGACGACGCUGAAGCAGAGGAGGGAGCAGGACGCUGCGUUUUUCGCCUCGCUCAAGGCUUCGCUGCCUGCCGAACUUGCGUCGCGCGUCGUCUUCGAGACGGUGACGUCGGAAGCUCCGGCGACGGACGUGAUAGCGCGGGCGGGCAUCGAGGUAGGGCAGAAUCCGAAGAAUGGCGGGGAUUUGGUGGUGCUGGGGAGGAAUGUCGGCUUCAAAGGUUUUGGCGAGGGCGAGGGCGGCGCGGCGGGGACGGUCGGGGUGCUGGCGGAGAGGGUGUGGGGGGCCAAGUUGGGGGCUAGUCUGUUGGUUGUGCAGGCGGGUCGGCGGUGA